AUGGCCACUGCCGCCUCCUCCGCGCCGCCCGCCCCCCGCGCGGCGCCCGCCGCCCGCCGCCCGCCGCCGGCCGUACCCACUUCCGGCCCUGUGGCUACCUUGCUGCUGCUGCUGCUGCUGCUGCUGCUGCUGGGACAGACCUGGGAGGGCACUCUGAUUGCCAGGCACAGUGAAACACAACUUGAGGGCUGCCCAGCACUUCCCGAGAAAGGCUCUGAAACUGUGCCCACGGGCUCCAGCGGACAGGUGGGGGCCCCCGGGGUGCGAGUGGGCGUUGCCGGGACUCAGGUCUCCGGAAGUGUGUGGGCGCACCGGGGCGGGGAUGAGUCUGGGGGCGCCACCUGCCCUCGGGGUGGCCAGGCCCAGCCCCUGCACACACCGUGCGCGCCCCCCGCCCUUGCCCCGCGCUUCCUGGCUCCGCAGCCAGCGGGACAUGCAAAGGAGCGCCCGGCCGCGGCGCCUGGCGAAGGCACGCCGCCCUCCAAGCCGCGCCGCCCGCCCGCGCCUCCGACGCGGGGCCUGCCACCGUCUCCGUCCGCCAUGCCAGGGACUGCCGGGGCCGCGGCCACUGAUAGGGGCCCUGGCCCAGGCAUGGGCUACGUGGGCUCCGUGGGCUCGGGGACCCCUUGCCCGAGCGGCGUCUGCUGGCUCCAGCAGGGCCGAGAGGCCACCUGCAGUCUGGUGCUGCAGACUGACGUGAGCCAAGCCGAGUGUUGUGCCACCAGCAACAUUGACACCGCCUGGUCCAACUUCACUCACCCGGGGAACAAGAUCAGCCUUCUGGGCUUCUUGGGCCUUGUCCACUGCCUCCCCUGCAAAGAUUCGUGCGAGGGCGUGGAGUGCGGCCCCGGCAAGACGUGCCGCAUGCAGGGGGGCCGCCCGCGCUGCGAGUGCGCGCCCGACUGCGCUGGGCUCCCGGCGCGCCUGCAGGUCUGCGGCUCCGACGGCGCCACCUACCGCGACGAGUGCGAGCUGCGCGCCGCGCGCUGCCGCGGCCACCCGGACCUGCGCGUCAUGUACCCAGGACGCUGCCGCAAGUCGUGCGCGCACGUGAUGUGCCCGCGCCCGCAGUCGUGCGUGGUGGACCAGACCGGCAGCGCUCACUGCGUGGUGUGUCGCGCGGCGCCCUGUCCCGCGCCCUCCAGCCCCGGCCAGGAGCUCUGCGGCAACAACAACGUCACCUACAUGUCCUCGUGUCACCUCCGCCAGGCCACCUGCUUCCUGGGCCGCUCCAUCGGCGUGCGCCACCCGGGCAGCUGUGCAGGCACCCCUGAGCCGUCGGAUGCGGAGUCGGAGUCGGAGGAGGAGAACUUCGUGUGA